GCAUCCGCCAUCGGGCCUCGUCGAUCGCCGCCUCCUGCUCGGCUUCUUCCCACCUGCGGUUGCACCGAUCACCCAGGGAGGGACAGGGCAGCUCGCCGGUCCAACUCCGACGACCGGCCGGCCAUGAGCUACCAGGCUCCUCCUCCCGGCACCGCAGCCUACCCGCCGCCGGGCACGGCCUACCCGCCGCCAGGCCAGCAGGCGUACCCGCCGCCUGCCUACGGUGCGCCGCCACCCAUGGCCGCCGGCGGGUACCCGCCCCCGCCGCCUCCGCAGCCGCAGGACUCCAAGCGCAGCAACGACGGCUUCUUGAAAGGAUGCUUGGCCGCGCUCUGCUGCUGCUGCAUGCUCGACAUGUGCUUCUGAGACUGAGUUGCCGUCAGGGAUGGGGUGGCGCUGGCGCCGCGUCCAGAUCCAUCCUGCAGUCGCGGCGAAUGCAUGAGGAUGUUUUCGGAGUCAUCACUAGUCAUGAACUCACGAUGAUACAUCUGUUUUUUUUUCUCCCAUUCCGUGUAUGUUCUCCAGUUCUAUGAAUUUCACUAGUUAGGCCAGAACAGAACCAGCAGGGAUUAUUUUUCUGGCA